CAGACCAUUCAUUCUUUGCGGAGACAGAGAGAGAGAAGAGCGGAGGAGCAGCGAGCGAGGGAGAGCGAGGGAGGAAAGGUGGAGAGAGGCAGAGAGAAGAGCAGACGCGAGGGAGGAAAAGCAAAACGAAUGAGAGGAGGACCUCCGGGCCAGGAAGAUAGGAGCGAGGAUUUCUGGUGAUACGGCUGGCGUCGACGACUCCGCGGCUCUGACAUUCGAGAGCAAGCGUGUUGCCCCGCGGCGUGCGAAGAAUUCUGUGGAGUUGGCGCUCGUGAUACGGUGCGGAAUCCAGGCGUGCGGAGCGGCCAAGCUUCAGGAAUUUGGGUCGAAGCUUCAGAGUUUGAGGAGGUUCGGAGCUUGUGGGUAAUUUUGGUGGGUUGGAGAUUGAGAAUUGGCCUGAAUUGGACGAGGAGCCGAUGACGGGCUAGCCGAGAGCUGAACGAGACCGCGGGGCGAUGUUUGUGAAGAAAAAGGAGAAGUUAGCAGUGGAUGCGAGCGCGGUCUGAAGACGAGCGAGAAGCUUUUGUGGCGGUCGGGGAAAUUCAUGCGGAGGAUAAUAGCUGGAGCUGGGGAAUGUUCAGGCCUUUUCAUAGGUUGCAAACAGGGUAGAAGCAGACAUGGGAAAUGCCUUGGGGAAGGUCUUGAGGAGUGAUUAUGCGGGAAGCUUUUUCUGCUUCGCGGUGAAUCUUCGUACCUGUACAUGUUUUAAUUUUUUUCAAGUAUAUUGGGAGUAAUUCUGCAGAUUCAUCCCAUGGCCAGGUCUAUCCAUCUUUCAGGGUGUGCUGAUUCUGUCGGUGCUCGAACCUUCAUCUUACAGCCCCUCUUUGCCAGAUUUGAUAACAAAGAUACAAUUUGCUCAGCUCGGACCGUUAUUAAUUAUUGUUCCAAUUCAUCUCAAGCUGUCUCUCUCAGCAGCAACUCUAGGUGGCACAGAAAUCUCGCUGGUUCCAGUAGGAAUGUCACAAAUGGACAUCACUUUGAAGACACUACUUCCACCUCUUCGGUGGAAAGACAACAUAGAAAGUUUGGAUCAAGAUCGGAGAUUUACGUGCGCUGCCAAUCUCCAAAGGAAGCUCCUACAUCCGAGAGCACACAAACUUUGGUCACUCCAGCAACUUUAUGGGAGGAACUCAAGUCAACCGUCAGCUAUCUUUCAUCCUCUCACUUAAGCAAAGUGAAAGACGCUUUACAGCUUGCAUUUGAAGCUCAUGAUGGGCAAAAGCGACGUAGUGGUGAGCCUUUUAUUAUCCAUCCGGUGGCAGUCGCAGGAAUUUUGGGAGAGCUGGAGAUGGAUUGGGAGACCGUUGUUGCUGGCCUCUUGCAUGACACAGUUGAGGAUACUGAACACGUCACCUUUGAAAGGAUUGAAGAACAAUUUGGAACUGUUGUACGACGAAUAGUCGAAGGCGAAACGAAGGUAUCGAAACUUGGAAAGAUGCAAUGUCAAAAUUCACCGGCUUCAAGCCGUGAUGUGAAGGCCGAUGAUCUAAGGCAGAUGUUUCUUGCCAUGACAGAAGAGGUUCGUGUCAUAAUAGUCAAGCUCGCGGAUCGCUUGCAUAAUAUGCGAACUCUUGCUCACAUGCCCCCCCACAAGCAGAAGUACAUAGCCGACGAGACACUGCAAGUGUUCGCACCACUAGCGAAGUUGCUGGGGAUGUACCGAAUCAAGUCAGAACUCGAAGAUUUGUCCUUCAUGUAUUCCAACGGUGAGGAAUACGAACGCUUGAAGAACAGGGUCUUGAUUUUGCGCAAGGAACAAGAGGAAGUACUAUUGGAGGCCAAAAAUGUGGUACUAGAUACCAUAUUGAAGGACCAGUUCCUUAGCUACAUGACCGUGGAAGUGAAGGUUUUAACGCGCUACAAAGAACUCUACAGCAUACAUAAAAAAAUUGCAGAGACGAAGUGCUCAGUGGAUGAAAUUCGCGACAUUGCUCAGCUGAGGGUAAUACUGAAAAUGAAGCCGGGUGCAAGUUUGGGCCAGCUGUGUACUGCGCAGCAGGUGUGCUAUCAUGUUCUUGGUCUAGUGCACGCUAUGUGGCCUCCGGUUCCUCAGACGGUUAAAGAUUAUAUCGCGACACCCAAGCCAAAUGGAUAUCAAAGUCUUCAUACUACUGUCAUACCAUUCGGCUCAAAAACAUACUUUCCUUUGGAGAUUCAGAUCCGAACAGAGGAGAUGGAUAAGCUUGCUGAGUGGGGAAUCGCCGCACACCAUAGCGGAAAGGGCAACAAUGAUAAUGAUGCAAAAUCAAAUGGUGCAUAUUCUGGAAAUGGGGUUCUCGUCACGAACGGCUCCACUCGCCAUGGGUGGAAUCAAAAUCUUAAUGAUGCAGAAAUUGCACGGAGGGUGAGUUGGUUGAAUUCUAUACGCGAAUGGCAGGAGGAGUUUGUUGGCAAUAUGACAUCGCGGGAAUUCGUCGAUACGAUCACUGGGGAUCUACUAGGCAGUCGUGUUUUUGUCUUCACACCCAAGGGAGAGGUGAAGAACCUUCCAAAGGGUGCCACUGUUGUCGACUAUGCGUACCAGAUUCAUACAGAUGUUGGAAAUAACAUGGUAGCUGCCAAGGUGAAUGGGAAUAUUGUGUCUCCAACUCACACGCUAGCCAAUGCGGAGGUGGUUGAGAUUGUCACUUAUGAGGGUGUAUCUCAAAAGAAGUUGUUUGAACUUCAUCGACAAUGGCUACAGUUUGCACGAACUCGAAGUGCACGGCAUAAACUUACCAAGUUUCUCAAGGAACAAGCCGCUUUAUCGGCAGUGGAAAUCACAGCUGAGUCUGUGAACGACUUUCUCUCUGAGUUCGAUGAGGGUGAUCUAGAUGUCAUAGAUGAUGAUGAGGCAGAAGGCCGUUUAGAUUCCGGCUCAUUCGCAAGCUCUUCAAGUCGCGGUAGAUGUUCUCCCUUGAGAACGGAUUCUCCCAAUGGUAGAAAUGUAGUUGCAUACUGGUCGAAAGGAUCAGGUGCAGGUAAUCGUGAGCCUGGCGAAGCUUUUUCUGAAUCGAAAACAACUGUCAACGGUAAACACAGCAAGCUUGUAGAAGAAAUGUUUGGGAAAAUGGGUAGGGGUUCCAGCAAUGGCGCUGCUCUUGCAAGCUCGAGUGGAGGGAAGAUAACUUUAGCCGUUAUCGAGGACGAGUCUCGGUAUAUAUUUGAGGCAUGGCAAGCAGGGAGGGUGGCUAUGUGGCAUGGGAGUGGAGGCCGCUCUCUUCAGUGGAUUAGCAUCUGCUGCAUGGACAGAAGAAGCAUGCUUGGAGAGGUGACAUCACUAUUGGGAGCAUCUGGAAUACAUAUUUGUGCGUGUGCGGCGGAAACCGACCAGACAAGAGGACUUGGAAUCAUGAUUUUCCACGUUGAAUCAAAUUUUGAAAGCCUGGUGGAGUUAGGAACGAACCUAGAAAAUGUAGAGGGUAUCAUCAAUUGGGCCAUGGGCUGCAGCUGGCAUCCUCCUCAAAACUCUCGACCGUAUCUAAAUAAACCAAGACCAAAUCGGAGCACCGGGAAGAAGUUGUUGCCAUAAGUUGCCAUCAUGCGUCAGCAAGUUAUGGCUCGUGAUUGUAGACACGGGCUCUAUUGGUGUGGUAUCUUGAGGAUGAAGAACGCUCCUGAUAGGCUUCAACUCAAGAGACAUAUCACACACAAUGUAAGGUCACAAAUGGGUUGAGGGACUGGUCGUGUCAGCUGCAACUUGGAAUGCAACGCCGUCCAAUUGUCUCUCCUCUGCCCUUAACCCAUUUAGUUUGAUCUUGUAGGAAGUAAGAGACCGUGGAGGAACGCGAAGUAAAGUAUAGCGUCCAUAUUCUUCAUUCUACUGUAAAGAUCUCACAUUCUUUUCAAACAGGUCAUAUGGAGGAACGCAAUGGUCAAGUGAACAGAGAAGACUGACGAGCCACAAAAGUGGCCAUGCUCUCUACUCAUGUAGUUUUACAUUCUUGAGAUUCUGUCCGACUGUACGCUGUUCCGCAUGGGAGCAAGUAUUUUCUGUCGACUUGAUCAUUACUCUAUAUAUUCCAGCUUAAACGUUCCUGUUCUGGGCACUUGAUAGUUGUGCAUGUCCAUGUGUUUCCUGGAAGGACCACCGUUGCUGCCAACAGGCAUCAUCAACUAGGUGUACUUGGGGAUUGCAAUCCUGAAUUGAAUCUCUGGUGGAAUGUGGUUUCUCUUAAUCUCCUGAGUGACAGCUUGCCGCGCCAGGAGCUGAGCUGAGUUGGUUUUUCGAAGACGUUCGGUCGCUGGACACCAAGAUGCGGGGACUUGGAACUCAGCUUGGCCGAAGACCCCGGAUGUAGCAACUCUCAGGACAGAUGAGCAAAUCCCAGUGUGACCUCGAACUUCAACAGUCAUGUUGAGCCAAGGAGGUCAAGAAUCGUCGAGCGAUUAUUUCUCUGUUUGGAAUAUCCUGAGAGACUUUUUGUGGUGGAUGUUUGUGCUAGUUGGCGUCGAGAGGAGGACGAGCCAGAGCAGAGUCAGAUGUGCUCGGUGAUCGUUUCUUAGCGCUGUGUUGGAUAUGACCCGUAGCUUGGGAGUUCAGUCACCUCUAUUCAUGGUUGUGCGAGAAACGUAAUGUUCUGUAGGCUAGAGUUCCCGUGGUUAGAGGUUGAGAUUUUAUUGGUAGAGGCAACAAAGAUUUGCUGCACCUAGAGUUUGCCCUUUCUUCAGAUUCACGGGGCAAUACCUGGGCAGCUACUUAAGCAGAGAAACUUUCAAGAGCGGGCGUUGUAGAUUAUGACAUUAUUUCAGUGACGAAUCAAGAGGACAUAGGUUAGAAAUUUAGUAAUGUUUACUCCUCAAUUUACUCCUUGCUGGAGGUCAGUGUGUAACCUCGAGAGUGAAGAUCCCGCCGUUCUACCACGGUGAAGUUGUAAAAUUUACUGCUGGUCCUCCACUGCCCUUCAACCCUGUUUACCUUCCGUUCUUCUUCAUCUUGCAGCACUUCACUUGUUUCGAAGUUCAAACCCAUAAGUUCCUGGAUGCAAUAUCAGCAUUGCUGAACUUUUCAGGUUGUGUAGCUCGAUUGCUUUCCUCUCAAUUGCUCUCGAGACUCGGCUCCGACGUGUGA